AUUUUUUCGGUCCCUCCGUCGUCACUUUCAGCCCAUCCUCCUCGAAGACUACCAAGUUCAAUUGGCUUACUUUGAAUUUAGAAAAAAAAAAAAAAAAAACCAUUUCUUUCUCACCACACACAAAAACAAAAACAUACACACACUCACACACUAAGACUAACAAGCAUUAAACAUCGAAAGAUCCAUCAUAGAAAAUGGGAAUUUUCAUUAGGCUGCUGUUCUCAACAGUAAUUUUCUUCCUUCUCCAUUCCUCUGUUUUCUGUUUUCCCAGGAUUCAUCCUACAUUUCCUCGUUACCAAAACAUCCGUGUCCGACCGGAAAUCACAUCCGACUCCAUCAAAGCUAAAGCUAAAACCCAACUUUACGAAACCAAAUUCCAUACUCAAAUUCUCGAUCACUUCACUUUCACGCCACAGAGUUAUCAGACUUUUCAACAGAGAUAUUUGAUAUCUUACAAGUACUGGGGUGGUGCUAAGCAGAAUGCUCCCAUCUUUGUUUACACCGGCAAUGAAGGAGACAUCGAAUGGUUCACACAAAACACAGGGUUCAUGUUCGAACAGGCCCCUCAUUUUAAAGCUCUUCUAGUAUUCAUCGAGCAUAGAUUCUAUGGAAAGUCGAUUCCGUUCGGAGGUGAUAAGAAGGUGGCAUACGCAAACUCCAGCACUCUAGGCUAUUUGACUUCAACACAGGCGUUGGCCGACUAUGCAACUCUGAUCAUUGAUCUGAAAAACAAUCUGACAGCAAAUGACUCUCCGGUGGUUGUCUUUGGAGGAUCAUAUGGAGGAAUGUUGGCAGCCUGGUUUAGGCUAAAGUAUCCCCACGUUGCAAUAGGAGCACUGGCAUCAUCUGCACCAAUCCUGUACUUCGAAAACAUAACAUCUCAAUACAGCUUCUACGACACUGUGGCCAAGGAUUUCAGGAGUGAAAGCGAGAACUGCUACAAAGUGAUAAAAGGAUCGUGGCAAGAAAUAGAAGACACGGCGAAACGAACAGGCGGGCUGGAAUUACUCAGCAAGUCCUUCAGAAUAUGCGAGAACUCCAUGGAUGUAGAUAGUCUGGAAGGUUGGCUAUCAGAAGCUUACAUUUAUACGGCCAUGACGGAUUAUCCAACUCCAUCAAACUUUCUUCAGCCUAUGCCAGCAUAUCCAGUCAAGCAGAUGUGCAAGGCAAUAGACGAUCCAAAAGCAGGAAACAACACCUUUCAAAAGCUGUACGGUGCAGCAAACAUCUACUUCAACUACACAGGGAAUGUCACCUGUUUCGAUCUCAAUGACGAUUCCGAUCCCCACGGCCUAGCUGAAUGGCAAUGGCAGGCAUGCACUGAGAUGAUACUUCCAAUGUCGGGCAACAGUGACAAAAGCAUUUUUCCCGCCUACAACUAUAGUUACACAGACCGAGCCCAAUCGUGCAAGGCCAGCUACGGUGUCGAGCCCAGACCUAGUUGGAUCACUACUGAAUAUGGAGGCCACGUGAGUACCCAACGGCCCAACCCAUAUAAGUCAUUUACUAAGAUGCUAAAAGUUGCUCACUUCACUUGCCAUAUUGUGCAUGCCAUUUUUCUUGCAUUUACGUAUGUGUAUAAUGUGUCUUGCCCCCCCCCCCUAUACAGAAUAUACACAGGGUUUUGAAGCGUUUCGGGAGCAAUAUGAUUUUCUUUAAUGGCCUGAGGGAUCCAUGGAGUGGCGGAGGGUAAGUAUACUGAAUUUCCUCGUUAGUGAAGGGUAAUCCGGUGAUCCUAAUUCUUUGUUGUUUACUUUCUUUUCACAGGGUCUUAGAGAGUAUCUCAAAUAGCAUUAUCGCGAUUGUUGCAAAAGAAGGUUUGUUCUUGUUGCCUGGUUUUGGUCACUUUUGAAUUAUUUAGUUCAACAAAUUCAACUACUACUUUUACACAGAAAAUUUAUUGGGCGUCCAGUAAUUUUGGUUGGGCCUUUUCAUAAAUGGAUGACCUUAGUCCAAUAAAUAGUGAGAAAUUUGCUUUGGGUUUCCAGGUGCUCACCAUGUGGACCUUAGAUUCUCAACAACCGAAGAUCCAGAAUGGCUAAAAGACGUUAGAAUGAGAGAAGUCAAGAUCAUUGAAAGUUGGCUCUCUCAGUAUUACUCCGAUUUGGUCGAUUCCUCUUUGAGUUUUUAAGCAAGCCUACUGUGUUUUUUUCAUAUAUAUGUUGGGACAAUGAAUUCAACAUUUCAACUCCCACUCUCAAAGAAUAGCCUUUCUUUCUGAUUAUUUGCCAAAAGCUCCAUAUGUAUACCCAAUUUGUUGAAGAGGGUCUAUAAAGAUUUACAGUUCACAACUUCUUGAAGUGUCCAUAUACCCCUAUCAUACUUUUAUGAAAUGAUAGAUACAAUGACAAAAUUAAUAGUCACGUAUGUUACUACCAACUUCUAUAUGGUUCUUGAUAUGAUAUUAAACUUAUCAAAAAUUU